GUCGGCAGCGAGCGCUCGUACCGGACUCUCGACCGGCCGAGGAGGGGAGGGAAAACCCUCCCGCAGCGCCGACCUUUACGGCUUAGGACCUCGUCUUCUCUGCGGACCCCUGCGCCGCCGCCAUCAUGUGCGACUGUUUCCACCUGGCCUUCCCUCACUGGCACGGCGCGCCCUCCGGCACAGGAGUUGGUCGCAGGCUGAGAGCGCCAGACCUUGGAUCAGAGGACCACUCGGCAUGUGACGAGCCAUCUCAUUUCACAGAGGGCGAGAGACCACGCCCUCAGGGAUCGUCCCCCGUCGAGGAACAUCCGGAGACAGAGAAAUAUAGUGACAGCGACAAGGAGGAGGAUGACCCACACCACAAGAGAGGGAGGGGAAAGAAGGCUAAAAAGUCUGGCUUUGCAUGUGGGUUUGACCGCCGUUCGACUCCAAAGAUGAGCAAACUGAAGGAAGCGUACAGCCCAGAUUCAGGGAUGAUAGUGAAAACAGCCAAAGAUGGUGGUGCAGAAGGUCUUGUCUAUGGCGGAGGAGGUAAAGAGGGAAUCUUCAUCAAAGAAGUGGUACCAGAGUCACCUGCCUCUAAAAGUCUACAAUUGAAAGAAGGCGAUCAGCUUCUGAGUGCCACCGUAUAUUUUGACAAUGUGUCAUAUCAGGACGCCAUUCAGAUUCUGGAGCAUGCUCAGGCUUACAAAGUGAAGCUCUGCCUUAAACGCAAACCAGACAUCACAGAGACAGAGCCCCUCGCUGAGUCUGACAUAAUCCCUGAGGAUGAACCCUUCACUCCAGAGAUGCGGGAACAUGGAAAAUCCAAGAGACGAGGUGAUGCACGCAUUUCUUGGCCCAAGUUUCCAUCCUUAGGGAGAGGAAAGAAGUCCCGUUUUGCAAGGUCUCAUAGUUCCUCAGAGGCUGAUGAGCAAAGGAAGUUGGAGCUGAGUCCUACCACAAGCGACACAGAGUCCCCGAUAAAGACUCAGGAUGCCCUCAAAGGUAAAAAACGGCACAAGAUGAAGCUUCCAUCUCUGACAAAGAGAGGCCGCAUUAGUUCCUCUGAAGAUCAGGACACUGACGCACCGACAACAUGCACACAAGAAGUCGAAGAAUUGCUCUCACCUGAGGUUCUUCAAAGCCGUGUGGGAGGAAGGCCUGAAGUACACAGGAUGGAGGAGAUGACUCUGGUAGAAGGUUCCGACUCAAGAGUGACCAAACCCCUUGCUAUUCAACACAGGGUGGAUCUCAUCGCUAUAGACAGCGCUUUGAAAACAACCGAUCUAACGGUAGCUCUGGCGGGUCAAGAAAGCCCCACUGGACCACUGUCUCCAGAUGGUAAAAAGAAAAAGAAAGAAAGGUCAGAAUUAAAAUUGAAAAUGUUAGGAAAGGACAAAUCACACAAGAAGGAGGCAAAAGCCAAAUCACCCAAAAGGCUAAAAACACUAGGUGCAAGUUUAGAUAUAGCAGAUCAAGGCAUUAUCAAGGGGGAUCAGCCCGAGCAUAUGACUCAAAUUGAACAAGCAUCUCCACUCAAAGGCAAAAGCAAAACUAAAAAUACAACACUCCUUCCCAAGCGUGAAGAUAUUGAAAUUCCUGGUAUGGAGGACAUGUCUGUAAGGACAAAUGUCAAAGGACUCCACGAUGAACUACCAGAAACAGUGCAACUCUCAAUUGAUGUGGACAGCGUGAAAGAGGCUGUUUCAAAAUUACCUGGAUAUAAAUUACCCAAGGUUGAUAUGUGUGGAGUACCUAUUCCUGAAGAAAUCACUGUGAUAGAUGCCAACGCCCAAAGAAUAUCAGUAAAAACACCCACUAAAGUUGCUGAUAGCAAAACAAAACAGGAGACACCCAUCAGUACGCCAGAAGACACUUCCACUACAGAACUGUCCAAGACUUCAUUCAAGCUACCAAAGAUCAAUCCAGGUGAUUUAACUUCAGAAGAAAUUGUAACUGUGACCCGCGUGGACCAAACAACUACAGAGACAACACAAGAAUGUGAACCUGCACUCAAUUCAAAAGAAUGUGACAAGAAAUCAAAGAUGACAAAGAUAGUUUUGCCAAGCAUUGGGCUUUCAAAGUCAGACUUUAAAAUCCCUGACAUUGGAAUGUAUUUCCCAAAACCAAAUAUUUCUGGACCAAAGGAUGAUGAGGUGCAAGGAGAAAGAACUAUAUUCCUAAAAGAAGAAAUAAGUGAGGGUAGCAUCGUGUCAGAUGCUAAAAUGCAUGAAACUGAAAUAGGUAUUGGUGAACUUCAAUACAUUGAUUCAGCUGAAUCACCUGUCAAGAAGGAACUUGAUGGAAAAAGAAGCCCAUUCCAAAUACUGAAAUUUGAUGAAUCAUUACCAAAAUUAAGAGGUCCAGAAAUUGAUUUAAGCUUAUCAAAGACCGAUGGUAAAGUCAAAUCACCUGAUGCUCAAUUAGGCGCGUACAAGAAUAUUCCGGAAGAGAAGCAAGCAUUUGAUACUGCAGGGUCACCCAUAGAUCAGGAAGCAAAAGGACGGAAGUUUAAAAUGCCGCAGUUUCAUUUCACAAUGCCAGAAAUUACUGAGCCACAGCUCAAUGUGAACGUUUUCAAAAAAGACGUGGGUGUGAAAAAAACAGAGCCUGAAUCUGAGACCCAACUCCCAGUAGCCUCAGAUGUGGAUUUAAGUCCUGGAAUAGCACAGGAAACACCACGAAAAGAUAAAGAACCUGAACGUCUUCUGUCUGGAGUUAAACUUGAUGGACACGAAACCAAAUUUCCAAUAACAAAAUUUAAAGUAAAGGGACCUGAUAUUGAUUUUGGUUUAUCCAAGGAAGGUGGAGAUGCUGCUGUGCCAGAGGCCAAAGUUGAGUCCAAUAUAUUCCCAGAAAAGGACCUUGUAGUUAACAUUUCUGCCCCUCGCGUGAAUAUUGAAGGAUCUGUGACAGACACAAAGAUUACAGAUGCUGAGCAGGAUGGAAAAGGUGGCAGGUUUAAAAUGCCACAUCUCCGUUUAUCCAUGCCAAAGGUAAAAGGAGACAAAACACACACAGACUUGUCAAAAAAAGGCACGGGGGUGACAACACCAGAGGCUAAAGUUGAUGUCCGUAUGCCAGAUACUCCCAAAAUUGACAGUAGUGAAGCCAAAGCCGUAGUCAAACUUCCAACUGCACCAUUAGUUGCUGUGGAAAUUAAAUCACCAGAGUGUGAGGCUGACAUGGAUGGACAGGGAAUGAAGUUCAAAAUGCCAAAAAUGGGAGUAAGAACGCCAAAAGUAAAAGGGCCCGACAUUGAGUUAAAUUUAACAAAGAAAGAUGUUGAUGUCAAUCUCCUGGACACAAGAAAUGGUGGUAAAAUACCAGAGAUUCCCCAAAUUGGUGUAAAUAUCAGACAAAGUGAUGAUUUACAGACAGAUAUUGACAUUGAAAAACCUGAAUUACAAAUGCAAGCUUUGAAAUUUGAUGUUGAAGACAGAGAAAAACUACAAACGUUAAAAACAAGUGUUGACAUCACACAACCAGAUGUUCCCAAAGUUGAUCGAGGAAAAGUGAAUAUUGGGAUUGCAGAGGCUAAAAUUGAAGAACCUGAGAUAGAUACUGAAACUUUGUAUGCUGAAAUUGAACAUAAAGGGGGAAAGUUUAAAAUGCCGAAAUUUGGCAUCUCCCUGCCAAAAGUGAAAGGACCAGAAAUUGAUUUAACUACAGCCAAGAAAGAAGUUACUCUACCAGAAGCCAAAGCGGAAGUCAAAAUGCCUAGUGAGAAACAAAAAGAGCUUUCUGUUGAAGGAGAUAUUAAAACUCCUAAGAAUAAUAUUAUGGCAAAGGAAACAUCACCAACUAAAUUUUGGAGGCCGAUAUUCAAACUACCAAAAUUCGGGAUUGUUUCUCCAACACUUUCUGAAGAAGUACCGGAUGGAGACAGAGAUGUCAAAAUUGAUGGAUUUGAUGAUAACAUUCCUGAGGAGGUUUUAGCAGUUAGCAUUGAACCACCUGGCAUUGACGUAAGCUUAUCAAAGAAAGAUGGCGAGAUCAGACUCCCAGAAGAUGAAGUUGAACUCACAGCUGUUGAGAUUAAACUACCAUCAGCUAAAGUGGAAAUGGAAGGUCCAAAGAUUGAAGCUCAAACAAGUAAUCUUGGAGGCUCUCCAUCAAAAUUCAAACUACCAACUGUGAAAUUUCCCAAAUUUUCAUUAACUAACCAAAGUAGCAAAGACUCUGAACUUGAGAUUGGUCUCCCAGAUGCUGAUAUCUCUAUUCCAGGAGGAAAGUUGGAGGUGACUCAACCUAAAGUUGAGUUUGAAGCACCAGAAGUUGAUGUCAAAAUAGACAACCAGGAGUGCAAGUUUAAAAUGUCAAAACUUGGAAUCUCCGUGCCAAAAAUGAAAAGACCUGAAAUUGAUUUGAGCUCAUCAAAUAAAGAUGGAGAUAUUAAUAUCCCUGAAACUGAAGUUGAACUCCCAGAUGUUGAAAUUAAACUACAAUCAGUUAAUGUGGAAAUUGAAGGUCCUAAGAUAGACGCUCAAAAAAGUAGUGCUGACGGAUCUCCUUCAAAAUUCAAACUGCCAACAAUUAAAUUUCCCAAAUUCUCAUUAACCAAUCAAAGUAGCAAAGGAUCUGAAGUUGAAAUUAGUAUCCCAGAUGUUUCUAUUCCUGAAGGAAAACUGGAACUUGUGUCAUCUAAAGUGGAAUUUAAACCACCAGAAAUUUAUGACCAGGAGAGCAUAUUUAAAAUGCCAAAGUUUGGCAUAUCCAUGCCAAAAAUGACAGGGCCUGACAUUGAUAUAAGCUUAUCACAGAAAGAUGGAAGUAUCAUACUCCCAGAAGCUGAAGAUGAACUCACAGAUGUUGAAAUUAAACAAACAUCCGCUUAUAUGGAAAUAGAAGGUCCCAAGAUUGACGCUCAACCAGGCAGUCUUGAAGGAUCGCCUUCUAAAUUCAAUCUACCAACGUUGAAAUUACCGAAUUUAGGGGCUGCUUCACCACAGGUCCAUGUGGAAAUGGACAAGCAUGUAAAGGUGGAUGGAAUGGAUGUAAAAUCACCGGAAUUAAAUGUUGAGGCCAAACUUCCUGAACCUGCUACAGGUUUUGAAGUAAAAGUCAAAAAGUCUAGAUUUUCAUUUCCCAAAUUCUCAUUAACCAAACAAAGUAACAAAGACGCUGACGAUGAUGUUGGUCUGCCAGAUGUUGAUGUUUCUAUUCCAGAAGGAAAUCUGGAGGUUACGCUACCUAAAGUGGAAUUUCAAGCACCAGAUGUUGAUGUCAAUAUAGACAAGCAGGAGAGCAAGUUUAAAAUGCCCAAAUUUGGCAUCUUCAUGCCAACAGUAAAAGGGCCUGACAUCGAUACAAGCUUAUCGAAGAAGGUUUGUGAUAUUAGACUCCCAGAAGAUGAAGUUGAACUCACAGUUGUUGAAAUGAAACUACCAUCAGCUAAAGUGGAAAUAGAAACUCCCAAGAUUGAAACUCAACCAGGCGGUGUUGAGGGAUCUCCUUCUAAAUUCAAAUUACCAACAUUGAAAUUACCAAAAUUAGGCGUGGCUUUACCGCAGGUCAAUGUGGAAGUGGACAAAGAUGUCAAAAUGGAGGGAGCAGAUUUAAAACCAUCAGAAAUAAAAGUUGAAGCAGACGUUCCUGAUACUGCUACAGAUGUUGAUGUCAAAGUGAAAAGGUCUCGAGUCUCAUUUCCCAAAUUCUCAUUAAACAAGCAAAGUAGCAAAGAAUCUGAAGUUGGCAUUUCUCUCCCAGGUGUUGACGUUUCUGUUCCAGAAGGAAAACUGGAAAUCACUUCACCUAAACUGGAGUUUCAACCACCGGAAGUUGAUGUAAAUAUCGAUGGGCAGGAGGGCAAGUACAAAAUGCCAAAGUUUGGCAUCUCCAUGACAAACGUAAAAGGCCCUGACAUUGAUAUAAGCUUAUCAAAGAAAGAUGGAGGGCUCAGACUCCCAGAAGCUGAAGUUGAACUCACAGAUAUUGAAAUGAAACUACCAUCAGCUCAAGUGGAAAUAGAAGGCCCUAAGAUUGAAACUCAACCAGGUAGCGUUGACGGCUCUCCAUCAAAAUUUAAAUUGCCAACAUUCAAAUUACCCAAAUUAGGGGUGGCUUUACCACAGGUCAGUGUGGAAGUACCUGAUAUGGACAAAGAGAUCAAGGUGGAUGGAGCAACUGUGAAAUCACCAGAAUUAUUGGUUGAAGUCAAACUUCCUGAUGCUGUGGCAGAUGUUGAUGUCAAAGUGAAAAAGUCUAGAUUCUCAUUCCCCAAAUUCUCAUUAACCAAGCAAAGUAGCAAAGAAUCUGAAGUUGACAUUUCUGUCCCAGAUGUUGACGUUUCUGUUCCAGAAGGAAAACUGGAAAUCACUUCACCUAAACUGGAGUUUCAACCACCGGACGUUGAUGUAAAUAUCGAUGGGCAGGAGGGCAAGUACAAAAUGCCAAAGUUUGGCAUCUCCAUGCCAAACGUAAAAGGCCCUGACAUUGAUAUAAGCUUAUCAAAGAAAGAUGGAGGGCUCAGACUCCCAGAAGCUGAAGUUGAACUCACAGAUAUUGAAAUUAAACUACCAUCAGCUCAAGUGGAAAUCGAAGGCCCUAAGACUGAAGCUCAACCAGGUAGCGUUGACGGCUCUCCAUCAAAAUUAAAAUUGCCAACAUUCAAAUUACCCAAAUUUGGGGUGGCUUUACCAAAGGUCAGUGUGGAAGUACCUGAUAUGGACAAAGAGAUCAAGGUGGAUGGAGCAAAUGUAAAAUCACCAGAAUUACUGGUUGAAGCCAAACUUCCUGAUGCUGUGGCAGAUGUUGAUGUCAAAGUGAAAAAGUCUAGAUUCUCAUUCCCCAAAUUCUCAUUAACCAAGCAAAGUAGCAAAGAAUCUGAAGUUGACAUUUCUGUCCCAGAUGUUGACGUUUCUGUUCCAGAAGGAAAACUGGAAAUCACUUCACCUAAAGUGGAGUUUCAACCACCAGAAGUUGAUGUAAAUAUCGAUGGCCAGGAGGGCAAGUACAAAAUGCCAAAGUUUGGCAUUUCCAUGCCAAACGUAAAAGGUCCUGCCAUUGAUAUAAGCUUAUCAAAGAAAGAUGGAGGACUCAGACUAACAGAAGCUGAAGUUCAACUCACAGAUAUUGAAAUGAAACUACCAUCAGCUCAAGUGGAAAUCGAAGGCCCUAAGAUUGAAGCUCAACCAGGUAGUGUUGACGGCUCUCCAUCAAAAUUUAAACUGCCAACAUUCAAAUUACCCAAAUUAGGGGUGGCUUUACCACAAGUCAGUGUGGAAGUACCUGAUAUGGACAAAGAGAUCAAGGUGGAUGGAGCAAAUGUAAAAUCACCAGAAUUAUUAGUUGAAGCCAAACUUCCUGAUGCUGUGGCAGAUGUUGAUGUUAAAGUGAAAAAGUCUAGAUUCUCAUUCCCCAAAUUCUCAUUAACCAAGCAAAGUAGCAAAGAAUCUGAAGUUGACAUUUCUGUCCCAAAUGUUGACGUUUCUGUUCCAGAAGGAAAACUGGAAAUCACUUCACCGAAACUGGAGUUUCAACCACCGGACGUUGAUGUAAAUAUUGAUGGCCAGGAGGGCAAGUACAAAAUGCCAAACGUAAAAGGCCCUGACAUUGAUAUAAGCUUAUCAAAGAAAGAUGGAGGACUCAGACUCCCAGAAGCUGAAGUUGAACUCACAGAUAUUGAAAUGAAACUACCAUCAGCUCAAGUGGAAAUAGAAGGCCCUAAGAUUGAAGUUCAACCAGGUAGUGUUGACGGCUCUCCAUCAAAAUUUAAACUGCCAACAUUCAAAUUACCCAAAUUAGGGGUGGCUUUACCACAAGUCAGUGUGGAAGUACCUGAUAUGGACAAAGAGAUCAAGGUGGAUGGAGCAACUGUAAAAUCACCAGAAUUAUUGGUUGAAGCCAAACUUCCUGAUGCUGCGGCAGAUGUUGAUGUCAAAGUGAAAAAGUCUAGAUUCUCAUUCCCCAAAUUCUCAUUAACCAAGCAAAGUAGCAAAGAAUCUGAAUUUGAUAUGGAUCUCCCACAUGUUGAUGUUUCUGUUCCAGAAGGAAAACUGGAAAUCACUUCUCCUAAAGUGGAGUUUCAACCACCGGAAGUUGAUGUAAAUAUUGAUGGCCAGGAGGGCAAGUACAAAAUGCCAAACAUAAAAGGCCCUGACAUUGAUAUAAGCUUAUCAAAGAAAGAUGGAGGACUCAGACUAACAGAAGCUGAAGUUGAACUCACAGAUAUUGAAAUUAAACUACCAUCAGCUCAAGUGGAAAUAGAAGGCCCUAAGAUUGAAGUUCAACCAGGUAGUGUUGACGGCUCUCCAUCAAAAUUUAAACUGCCAACAUUCAAAUUACCCAAAUUAGGGGUGGCUUUACCACAAGUCAGUGUGGAAGUACCUGAUAUGGACAAAGAGAUCAAGGUGGAUGGAGCAACUGUAAAAUCACCAGAAUUAUUGGUUGAAGCCAAACUUCCUGAUGCUGCGGCAGAUGUUGAUGUCAAAGUGAAAAAGUCUAGAUUCUCAUUCCCCAAAUUCUCAUUAACCAAGCAAAGUAGCAAAGAAUCUGAAUUUGAUAUGGAUCUCCCACAUGUUGAUGUUUCUGUUCCAGAAGGAAAACUGGAAAUCACUUCUCCUAAAGUGGAGUUUCAACCACCGGACGUUGAUGUAAAUAUCGAUGGGCAGGAGGGCAAGUACAAAAUGCCAAAGUUUGGCAUCUCCAUGCCAAACGUAAAAGGCCCUGACAUUGAUACAAGCUUAUCAAAGAAAGAUGGAGGACUCAGACUCCCAGAAGCUGAAGUUGAACUCACAGAUAUUGAAAUGAAACUACCAUCAGCUCAAGUGGAAAUAGAAGGCCCUAAGAUUGAAGUUCAACCAGGUAGUGUUGACGGCUCUCCAUCAAAAUUUAAACUGCCAACAUUCAAAUUACCCAAAUUAGGGGUGGCUUUACCACAAGUCAGUGUGGAAGUACCUGAUAUGGACAAAGAGAUCAAGGUGGAUGGAGCAACUGUAAAAUCACCAGAAUUAUUGGUUGAAGCCAAACUUCCUGAUGCUGCGGCAGAUGUUGAUGUCAAAGUGAAAAAAUCUAGAUUCUCAUUCCCCAAAUUCUCAUUAACCAAGCAAAGUAGCAAAGAAUCUGAAUUUGAUAUGGAUCUCCCACAUGUUGAUGUUUCUGUUCCAGAAGGAAAACUGGAAAUCACUUCUCCUAAAGUGGAGUUUCAACCACCGGAAGUUGAUGUAAAUAUUGAUGGCCAGGAGGGCAAGUACAAAAUGCCAAACGUAAAAGGCCCUGACAUUGAUAUAAGCUUCUCAAAGAAAGAUGGAGGACUCAGACUAACAGAAGCUGAAGUUGAACUCACAGAUAUUGAAAUUAAACUACCAUCAGCUCAAGUGGAAAUCGAAGGCCCUAAGAUUGAAGCUCAACCAGGUAGUGUUGACGGCUCUCCAUCAAAAUUUAAACUGCCAACAUUCAAAUUACCCAAAUUAGGGGUGGCUUUACCACAAGUCAGUGUGGAAGUACCUGAUAUGGACAAAGAGAUCAAGGUGGAUCGAGCAACUGUAAAAUCACCAGAAUUAUUGGUUGAAGCCAAACUUCCUGAUGCUGCGGCAGAUGUUGAUGUCAAAGUGAAAAAGUCUAGAUUCUCAUUCCCCAAAUUCUCAUUAACCAAGCAAAGUAACAAAGAAUCUGAAUUUGAUAUGGAUCUCCCACAUGUUGAUGUUUCUGUUCCAGAAGGAAAACUGGAAAUCACUUCUCCUAAAGUGGAGUUUCAACCACCGGAAGUUGAUGUAAAUAUUGAUGGCCAGGAGAGCAAGUACAAAAUGCCAAACGUAAAAGGCCCUGACAUUGAUAUAAGCUUCUCAAAGAAAGAUGGAGGACUCAGACUAACAGAAGCUGAAGUUGAACUCACAGAUAUUGAAAUUAAACUACCAUCAGCUCAAGUGGAAAUAGAAGGCCCUAAGAUUGAAGUUCAACCAGGUAGUGUUGACGGCUCUCCAUCAAAAUUUAAACUGCCAACAUUCAAAUUACCCAAAUUAGGGGUGGCUUUACCACAAGUCAGUGUGGAAGUACCUGAUAUGGACAAAGAGAUCAAGGUGGAUGGAGCAACUGUAAAAUCACCAGAGUUAUUGGUUGAAGCCAAACUUCCUGAUGCUGCGGCAGAUGUUGAUGUCAAAGUGAAAAAGUCUAGAUUCUCAUUCCCCAAAUUCUCAUUAACCAAGCAAAGUAGCAAAGAAUCUGAAGUUGACAUUUCUGUCCCAGAUGUUGACGUUUCUGUUCCAGAAGGAAAACUGGAAAUCACUUCACCUAAAGUGGAGUUUCAACCACCAGAAGUUGAUGUAAAUAUCGAUGGCCAGGAGGGCAAGUACAAAAUGCCAAAGUUUGGCAUUUCCAUGCCAAACGUAAAAGGCCCUGCCAUUGAUAUAAGCUUCUCAAAGAAAGAUGGAGGACUCAGACUAACAGAAGCUGAAGUUGAACUCACAGAUAUUGAAAUGAAACUACCAUCAGCUCAAGUGGAAAUCGAAGGCCCUAAGAUUGAAGCUCAACCAGGUAGCGUUGACGGCUCUCCAUCAAAAUUCAAAUUGCCAACAUUCAAAUUACCCAAAUUUGGGGUGGCUUUACCACAGGUCAGUGUGGAAGUACCUGAUAUGGACAAAGAGAUCAAGGUGGAUGGAGCAAAUGUAAAAUCACCAGAAUUACUGGUUGAAGCCAAACAUCCUGAUGCUGUGGCAGAUGUUGAUGUCAAGUUGAAAAAGUCAAGAUUCUCAUUCCCCAAAUUCUCGUUAACCAAGCAAAGUAGCAAAGAAUCUGAAUUUGAUAUUGAUCUCCCAGAUGUUGAUGUUUCUGUUCCAGAAGGAAAACUGGAAAUCACUUCACCUAAAGUAGAGUUUCAACCACUGGACGUUGAUCUAAAUAUCGAUGGGCAGGAAGGCAAGUACAAAAUGCCAAAGUUUGGCACCUCAAUGCCAAACGUAAAAGGCCCUGACCUUGAUAUAAACUUCUCAAAGAAAGAUGGAGGACUCAGACUUCCAGAAGCUGAAGUUGAACUCACAGAUAUUGAAAUGAAACUACCUUCAGCUCAAGUGGAAAUAGAAGGCCCUAAGAUUGAAGUUCAACCAGGUAGUGUUGACGGCUCUCCAUCAAAAUUUAAACUGCCAACAUUCAAAUUACCCAAAUUAGGGGUGGCUUUACCACAAGUCAGUGUGGAAGUACCUGAUAUGGACAAAGAGAUCAAGGUCGAUGGAGCAAAUGUAAAAUCACCAGAAUUAUUAGUUGAAGCCAAACUUCCUGAUGCUGCGGCAGAUGUUGAUGUCAAAGUGAAAAAGUCUAGAUUCUCAUUCCCCAAAUUCUCAUUAACCAAGCAAAGUAGCAAAGAAUCUGAAUUUGAUAUGGAUCUCCCACAUGUUCAUGUUUCUGUUCCAGAAGGAAAACUGGAAAUUACUUCACCUAAGGUGGAGUUUCAACCACCGGAAGUUGAUGUAAAUAUCGAUGGCCAGGAGGGCAAGUACAAAAUGCCAAAGUUUGGCAUCUCCAUGCCAAAAGUAAAAGGCCCUGACAUUGAUAUAAGCUUACCCAAGAAAGAAGGCGAGAUCAGACUCCCAGAGGCUGAAGUUGAACUCACAGAUGUUAGGAUGGACCUGCCAUCUGCUAAAGUGGAAAUAGAAGGUCCAAAGAUUGAAGUUCAAUCAGAUAGUGUUGACGGCUCUCCAUCAAAAUUUAAACUGCCAACAUUCAAAUUACCUAAAUUAGGGGUGGCUUUACCACAGGUCAAUGUGGAAGUCCCUGAUAUAGACAAACACAUCAAAGUAGACGGAGCAGAUGGAAAAUCAUCAGAAUUAAAGGCUGAAGCAAAGCCUCCUGAUCCUGCUUCAGAUGUUGAUGUCGAUGGCCAGGAGGGCAAGUACAAAAUGCCAAAGUUUGGCAUCUCCAUGCCAAAAGUAAAAGGACGUGACACUGACACAACUUUAUCAAAGAAGGAUGGUGAGAUCGGAGUCCCAGAGGCUGAAGUUGAAUUUACAGGUGUUGAAAUGAACCUACCAUCAGCCAAAGUGGAAAUAGAAGGCCCUAAGAUUGAAGCUAAACCAGGUAGUCUUGAAGGAUCACCUUCAAAAUUCAAACUGCCAACAUUCAAAUUACCAAAAUUAGGUGUGGCUUUACCACAAGUCAGUGUGGAAGUGCCUGAUAUGGACAAAGACAUUAAGGUGGACGGAGUAGAUGUAAAAUCACCGGAAUUAUUGGUUGAAGCCAAACUUCCCGAUCUUGCGGCAGAUGUUGAUGUCAAGGUGAAAAAGUCAAGAUUCUCAUUCCCCAAAUUCUCAUUAUCCAAGCAAAGUAGCAAAGACCCAGACGUUGAUGUUUCUACUCCAAAAGGGAAAAUGGAAAUCACGUCACCUAAAGUGGAGUUUCAACCACCAGAAGUUGAUGUAAAUUUAAAUGGUCAGGAGAGCAAGUCUAAGUUUGGCAUUUCGAUGCCAAAAGUAAAAGGACCUGACAUUGAUAUAAGAUUAUUAAAGAAAGAUGGAGAGAUGAGACUUCAAGAAACUGAAGUUGAACUUACUGAUGUUGAAAUUAAACUACCAUCAUCUGAAGCGGAAAUAGAAGCUCCUAAGAUUGAAGCUCAACCACAGCGUGUUGAGGGAUCUCCUUCAAAAAUUAAAUUGACAAAGGUAAAAUUCCCUAAAUUUGGAGUUUCAAAACCAAAGUUCAGUGUCGCAGUACCUGAUAUGGACAAAGACAAUUUAGUUGGCGAUGUAAAGAUUGUGGUCCCGGAACAAGAAGCUGCAAUAAAUGUUCCAUCACCCACCACUGACAGAGGAGGAAUAUCAGUUGAUGUGAAAGAAGGUGAGCUUGAAGGAUCAGGAAGCAAGUUUAUCAUGCCAAAGUUUGGCAUCUCCAUGCCAAAGGUCAAAGGGCCUGACAUUGAUAUAGGCUUAUCAAAGCAAGAUGGAGAUAUCAUACUCCCUGAAGCUGAAGGUGAACUCACGGAAGUUGAAACGACACUACCGUCAUCCAAAGUAGAACCAGAAGACCCUAAGAUGGAAGCUCAGCCAGGUAAUGAUGAGAAAUCUGCUUCAAAAUUCAAACUACCAACAGUGAAAUUUCCAAAAUUUUCAUUAACUAAGCAAAGUAGCAAAGAAUGUGAAGUUGAGGUUGCCCUCCCAGAUGGUGACUUUUCUCCUCCUGAAGGGAAUUUGGAAAUCACUCUACCACAAGUUGAGUUUCAACCACCAGAAGUCGAUGUAAAUAUAGAUGAGCAGGAGAGCAAGUUUAAAAUGCCAAAGUUUGGUGUUUCGAUGCCAAAAGUAAAAGGCACUGACAUUGAUAUAAGCUUAACAAAAAAGGAUGGCGGUAUCACACUCCCAAAUGUUGAAGUUCAACUCCCAGAUGCUGAAAUGAAACUACUGUCUCCUAAAGUGGAAUUAGAAGGUGCAAAGAUUGACGCUAAAAAAAGUGUUGUUGAAGGAUCUACAUCAAAAUUUAAACUACCAUCUUUGAAAUUACCUAAAUUUGGAGGUUCUCCAUCAAAGGUUUGUGUUGAAGUGCCUGAUGUGGAGGAAGACAGUGAAAUUGAUGGCAUAAAAAUGGAGAUACCUGAAGAUGACGUCACGCUGGUUGUUUCCGCACCCAGCAUUGACACUGAAGACAUUUCUGUGGAAGUGAAAACUGAAGGCGGUGAACUUGAAGGACCAGGAAUCAAACUUAAACCAUUGCCAGAUGUUGACGCUGAGAUCAAACUGACGGAUGGUGAAGUUGAACAAUUGGAAAGUACCAUCUCAGCCCUGGAAGCGCCGAAAGUUGAGUUUGACGUCAAGAUGAGCAAGGGGAUGGAGAAUGAUGACGUGAGUCCCGUCUCUCCAAGCAAAUUCAAACUGCCAUCCUUCAAAAUGCCAAGACUUGCAUUUUCACGACAAAAACCAGAAGGCAAAAGUGUAUCACCUGAGACAGAAUAUAAAGACAAUCAACUAGAGAUAAAAACUGAACUGAAUGGAGAUGGUAAAUCACCACAAGCCACUCCCACAUCAUUUGGAGUUGUCCUCAAAAGAUUUGAAGGUGAAUUUGAUAUGGCACAAACAGAACAAGUGGAAGAACAUCCAGACGCCUCAGAGAAGGAAAAGGACACAAAGGACAAACAAGCCAAGCAACAAGCCACCAAAACUCCUGAGCGGACAGGAUGGUUUAGCUUUCCAACAUUUGGGCUCUCCUCACCUUCAGCACGUGCCAAAACUCCCCAAAAAGACGACGAGAAGGAUCAAAAGAGUCCAUCAGGAGAACGUGAGUUAGACAUCAGCCCUACCUGUUCCGUCCAGUCAUCAGAUGCCUUCGCUGACAUCAGCUCAACAGUGACAAGCGAGUAUGUCAGUUUGCCCCCAUCUUCUCCGACCAAAGUAACCGUCAAAUACUCUGAUCCGAACUUACCUCCGGAACUCGGAGAAAUGAACGUCGUAACUUCCACUGCAAGGUCCGAGCUGAUCACAAUCGAGCCAGACUUACCCGAGAAGAUCACCAUCCUGUCCUCUGAGGUCUCGUCUUCCUCUGAGGAAACUCUCAGACUGGCGUCUGGGAAAAUACAUGUGUUUACGUCCAGCGUACAAGCAGGCCCUGAAUCACAGCACACCAAAGUUCUGUCCAAGGUCCAGUCAACCAGCGAGGCCAGUCAGAUUUCGUCAUCAUGGACGGUGGAGAGUUCUCAGAGUAGCAGGACGUUGUCCCAGAAACAAAUUGUCCGGGAAACGUCGCGCGAAAGCACAGAAACCUUUGUGAUUACCAAACAGAUCACCAAAAUGUUUGAGCCCGCUGAGUUCUUCGGAGACGACGAGACGGCUUCAUCCAUCCAGCGACUCAGAGAAUCCGUUCACUCAGAGAAGAUGAGAUUUUUUGACGGUGCUGAGAAGUGAGGUGCUAGCUAAAUCAACUUCAUUGGUAAAAAAAUUUGAACAUUUGUCAGUGUUUAGUCAAGCGCAGGUAUUAAUGGAACUGCAUGUUGCCGAACGGAAAAAAAAAAGAUGGACAAACGUUGCUGGCAUAAGAAAAAUGUGAUGAAAUUAUUAAUAAGCUAUGUAUCUAAGUGUCUUAUGACCGGGCUUACGUAAAUCUGCUUACAGAUUGCUUUCUGUGGUACAGAAAAUGUUUACUUGCAGCAUUUGUGCUCUAACAUCAUAAGGGCGUUAACAAUCCGGCUAUAGCAAAAUUUAAGUUGACGAUAAUGAAGUGUAUGUCAUAAAAAAAUAACGUGUCUAUGUAUCCGCUGAGGUAUUCUUGUUACUGCAGUAAAGGAAACACUAGCAAAGAAAUGUAACAGUUAUGAUGACAAAUAGUGUACUACUGUAACUAUAUUUUUAUUAAGAUUUUUGCUUAAACCUUAUUUGCUACAGUACAUACAUAUAUAUGAAUCAGCAGUGCAUUAACAGCCAAUGUAAAUAAUAAUAACAAUAAUAAUAAUAAUAAUAAUGCUGUUUGUGUAAAAAGCUUUCAAUGACUUCUGGAUUAUUCCAUGUGCUUUAACUCCAAAUGUUUGCAAUAUACACAUAAAUAAAUACAUAUUAUUACAAGUCAAAA